AUGCAGCAGAAUCAUCACCCAUAUGGGCAACACCACCCUUUGCCUAGUAUGCAGCCUCCCCAGAGGCGGCACGAUGGCUCCUAUGCCCCUAUUCCACCUCCGAUGAGGCCUCAUCCUGGGUAUCAACAGUUCUACCCGCAGCCAAUGGGGCCUAUGAUACCCCAGUAUCCUCAACAAUACGCGCCAAACUGGUAUGGAUAUCCGCAACACCAUGUGCAUCCUCUUCAUGCAAACCGGCCACCAUAUUAUCCUCAGCAUCAAAUGCCUCCACCUCAAUAUGGCCCUCACCAUGCGCCUUUGGUUGUUUCCCCGUCGCCGCAUGCGCAAGCUUCUCCACAUCCUGUACACGUGCCAGGCUCAAUUCCUCCACAACCGCCGUUGAGUUCAGCAUCAACAGCGUCCACCACGAUGGUGCAGACACCGCCGUCUCCACCGCUUAGCACUUCGAGCACAGUGAAUACAAGAAAGACUCCCGUCUCACCUUCGAUAUCACCGGCGCCACAAAAAGCCCAAAGCCCUGCAGUCGAGACACCCAGGGAGCCAUUCUAUCCGCCUGUUCCAUGGUUGUCAUUCGAAGAUGGCGCUUUCCCACCGCGAGCACCUCAUCAGAAACGACGCAUCCUUCGUUCCCUACUUGCCACCGAACCUGUUGUCUAUCCUGCCAUAGAGCCGCCGGACGAAGAAACCACUGAAAGGGAAAAACCACAAGAAGAGCGUGUCCUUGAUGAGAAGCCUGCAGAAACAGCAGAACAGACCAACACACAGUCGUCGACACCCCUCCCAUCAGAUGUGCCCUCGGAGGCUCCGUCCACACAGCCGACCACCCCUUCCUCCGCCGUUCCCGCCCCGUCAAGCAAUUCUCAGCAGACGCCUACACAACCUAAAGUACGACCUGUGGGCCCUGUUCUGCCAGCAGUGCCGAUUCUACCACCGAGUCCUUCCGCGGCGCGCAAGGCACACCGUGACUCAACCGUCUCGACUCAAUCGCAGACAACACAGCCGGCGCCAGCUUCCGCAGAGGAACAUCAACCCGAAACCACCACUGGGGACGCGUCCGAACUGGGAGAUCCAGUUAUCUCGCCAGCCCCAGCACCGAAGUCUUGGGCGAACCUCUUCCGAUCCGAGGAGUUGCAGACUUUGUCCGCAACGACGGCCGUUUCCAACCAUGCAUCCACCGUCUCUGGGCCAGGAAAGACGGAGACUCUUGCCGAUGUCCUCAAUGAUAUAAACUCGGUCGUUGACGCACCGAGUAAAAUCUCGUUCUUGAAACCCCGGGGUCUUGUGAACACCGGGAAUAUGUGUUACAUGAAUUCUGUGUUGCAAGUUCUUGUCUUUUGCAUGCCUUUCUAUGACUUGCUGGCGAAAGUGGCUCAGAGAGCUCCUCAUGCCUUCAAAAGUGAUACGCCUUUGAUUGAUGCCGUGAUCUUGUUUAUUCAAGAAUAUCCAGUAAUUUGCUCGGCCAAAUCUGUGGAACAACUUCGACUGCGGUUGAAGGCCGAAGACUACGAAAAAUAUGGGGAGUCUUUCAUCCCCGAAUAUGUCUACGCCGCAAUCAAGGAUUUGCCUCGAUUUCGGGAGAUGCGAAGAGGCCAUCAGCAGGAUGCCCAAGAAUUCCUUGGUUUCUUAUUGGAAGAAUUGCACGAGGAAUGUGCCCGUGCCAUGAGGUCCACCACCUCGUCAAGCUCAGGCCGAACCACUCCGGCGAACAGUGUCUCGAAUACCUCUGACCAUGUCGAAGUCGACGUCGGUUGGAUGGAAGUGGGACACAAACAGAAGCCUGCCAUCACUCGGUCAUCUGGAAGCAUCUCGGGCGAAUCGCCCGUGACCAAUAUUUUCGGAGGCAAGCUUCGGUCCGAGCUCAAAGUUUCGGGCAAUAAGUUGUCGGUCACUCUGGAGCCGUACUCGCCUCUGCAGCUGGACAUUGGCUCUCCUCAAGUGCACAACAUCAUUGACGCUUUGAAAGGACUGACUCGUCCGGAGAGCAUGCAAGGGGAUUUCUACACGCCGAGAGGCCAGAAAGCCACUGCGACCAAACAAAUCUUUAUUGAGAGUCUUCCUCCCGUGUUGAUCUUACAUUUGAAGCGCUUCCACUAUGACAACACGACCAAACGCGUGGAGAAGAUCUGGAAGAAGGUCGGCUAUCCCCUCGAACUGGAAAUCCCCAAGGAAGUGUUUCCCCUGCAAGCUCGAAACAAAUUCAUCGCUCACGGUGGACUACCGAAAUACAAACUGACCGGAGUCAUCUAUCAUCAUGGCAAGAACGCCAACGGCGGGCAUUACACCGUCGACAUCCGUCGUCAGGACGGCCGCGAGUGGAUUCGAAUGGAUGAUACGCUGCUACGACGCAUACGCCCCGAAGAUGUCGCCGAGGGCGGUAGUGAAGAAGACCCGAAAGUCCUUGCCGCGGCUCUGGAACGUCACAAAGCCGGCGGUAGUCGAUUCGAGCAAAUCGAAGGGGACGAAGAUGAUGAGGACACUUCGGAGAAGGUCUGGAGUCAGGUCAAUGGUCACUCGAGAUCCAAAUCGACCAUAAGUGCAGUGGUCAAUGGUGCUGCCACGCCCGCCAAAGACUCGUCUGGGAAGCAAAGCCCCAACCCGAGGUUUACCGUCAAGGAUGACAAGGUUGCUUAUCUGUUGUUCUAUCAACGGAUCUCGUACUAA